GAGAGAGAGAAAAAAACCGGCAGCUCUUUCUCCUCCGUCCUCUCCAGUCUCCACGCCUUCGCUCCUCGCUCUCGGUUCCUUUCCCAGCGGCGACGAGGAGGCGACAGGCGAGUGGCGCCGCCCUUUGCCAGUGUUCGUCGGGCGCUUCGCCGGCCGACAAGAGCUGUUGUUCUUUAGCGAGAGGAGAAUCGAUUACCCGAGGUGCAACUGCCGUUCAUUUUCCAAGAUUUCCAGCGGUUCUGCUGGAAUCCUCAUGCCCCAGGUCAGGCUCGCCACCUCUUCGACAUGAGGCUCAACAAGGUGGAAGUGAACCUCAGAAGGCUGCUGGAGGCGGCUCCUCGGCAGCAGAAUCAGGCUAAGCUUGUUCAUUAUGUAACCACAGCCAGGGAGCUAUUGGAGCAGCUAGGGGCAGAGACCACACCUGAAGGGAUAUCAAGUGUUUCUAAAGCUAAGCUUUCUGAGUAUUCAGAAAAGAUUGAAGCACUAGCUGCCAGGCUUGCUGCUCCAGUGUUGGUGCAGCCUGAAAAUGAAAAGCCAGUUGUUGAAAGCAGAGAAGAAGAGAUCUCUGAUGAAAAAGCUAAGGCGGAAAGCCCAAUAUCUUUAUCAUCAGGAUUGCGAAGGAGAUCAGCGGCUCAUGUUGAGGUUCGGCCAAGCCAUCAGGAGCAAAAAGGUGAUAUUGGGGCACCUAUCAAAUUGGAUGCAGCAGCUCAGGCUCACAUUGAGAAGCACAGGAAGCUGCAAGAAGAUUUAACUGAUGAAAUGGUCGAGUUAGCACGCCAGCUGAAGGAAAGUAGCCUUAUGAUGAACCAAUCUGUGCAACAGACGGAGAAGAUCCUUGAUUCCACUGAGAGGGCCGUGGAGCAUAGCUUGGCAAGCACCGGUCGCGCAACCUCGCGAGCAGCGGAGGUCUACUCGCUGACUUCCAAGACAACGUGCUUCCAGUGUCUGCUCCUCUUUGUGAUGACCUGCAUGUUUGUAAUGGUGGUUCUGCUCAUACGGAUCACUUGAAGGAAGAGGCCGCAGUGGGCACUCUAGUGUUGCAGCCCCUCCUCUUUGUUCAAUGGGCUCUGACUUGACCAGAAACCCCUCAAUCAAGGGGUUCAACCUCACAACAACAAGAUGGACGGUGUACUGUAAACAGAUGACUUUCUGGCAAGUACUUGUGUUCGUGGUAUUUUCUGAACCAAGUAUCGGCAUUGCCUGUUGCCGGAUGAUGGCAGCGUGUAGUCUGUAAAACUGGACGGCAGCUGCCUGCAUAGGGGCUUUGUGAUUUGUGAUUGCUGUUUUGUUGCUCAGCUCGAGCCUUGAUAUAAUUAAUUGAUUCUGAAUUCCGAGCUUUAUCCUAA